AUGCGGUCGGAGGCCGUCGAUUCGCACGAAGGAGUACCGAAUAAUCGAGAACCAGCAGCUACGAAAGAUUUUGCUGUCUCGUGUGUAGCAGAUACGAAGGGUGCCGAAUCGCCAGCGACACCCAUAGAGGUAGCCCUAGAUACCCACGCAGUUACUAGCAUGUCAAGAGGCGAACAAAAAGGGCGUAAGUGUAUCGAGAAUAAGGCGAGCGUCACGAUGACGACAACACAAAUGCAGAUUGAACAAAGGAGGGAGCGGCACUGGCGUCGUAUGGUGCACGGCGAGCUGAGAGAUCGAUUAAUCUCUGCGAUGAUUGAGCAGUUGCGACGAGUCACUGGAGAUUCGGAUGUACGGCAUUUGAGAUUUUGUGCGUCUCGGUACGAGUCAUUUGUGUGGAAACAAAGUGUCAAUCAAGUGCAAUACAAGCAAAAAUUGGAACAUCGCAUCGAAUCUUUAAGUCGACAACCAUCUUAUAUUGAGAAUGGAGGUGUUGAGGUGACAGUGCGAUUGAUUGAAGGUCAUCGCUUGAACUUGAGUCGGUCUUCCGAUCCAGUGUUGGGACCGUGUCCUUAUAGUCACGACGUCUCAGAGCAAAAUCAUUCAAUGACAGGAUACCCAACUUCUCCUACUCAAUUACGAUACAGUGAACAAUUAAAUUGCUGCCAAUACAAUAGCAAACGAGGAGAAAAGCGAAAAGUUGCAACAGAUGCGUUGGAUGCUGCAGCUAUUGGACGAGACAAGUUGUACUUUGAGAAACUGCGCGUAAUGAGGCUACAGUACCGUGAUGAAGUUGCGCUCGUUUUUCGUGAAUUAUGUCGUGUCAAUUCAGUGAUUCAACAUUCGACCACUUUGCGAUGCCAUGAGUCGAAUAAUCUAGGCGACUUUCUGGCUAAUUUGAAGAAGAUUAUUUAUUUACUAGAACAACAGCCAAAUGAGUCGUGUGGGAUGAUUUCAGCUCGCAAACGCACAGUGGAAUAUCUCGAUAUUGUCGACUCGCAUAUUCAGCGAAAGGUCUUACCGAUUCUCUACCGUUUGCGUCAUACGUAUUCGACUAUUCUACGUCCCAUCGUACUCAAUUACAUGAAGAACAGUAGUCGCUAUCAUCGACGAUUUUAA